AUGGUCUACCAGACUCUUAUUACUUCGAAUAUUAUUAUUAUUUUAAGUUUUGUGUCCAUAAUCAAUACUCAAUAUUUACCAUUGUGUGACUCAUUAAGUGAAAUUCAAGGUAAUGAAAAUAAUAAGAAUAUUAAUGAAAUAAAAAUUCGACGUGUACGUGCUCUUUGUGAUGCAAUUUAUUCAUCUCGAGCAAUAUCGGAUCAUAAUGAAUUAGAUUCAAUACCAGAUUUUGAUUUAGUUCAAAUUGAUUCAGACAAUGAUGCUAAUCAAAUAUUAAAACGAUUUCGUCGAGGUCGUUCUGAAUAUUAUCCCUCAUUGGCUAAUCGAGAAUCUCAAGAUAAACUUUUUUUACUAUUUUUUCCUUCGACAUUUUUUUCUUUCGGUCAUAUUAAUGCUAUUUGUCGUUCUUCAUCAGGUGGUGGUGGUGGUCGUUCAGGUGGCGGUGGUCGUUCAGGUGGUGGUGGUCGUUCAAGUAGCAGUAGUCGAUCUGGUGGCAGUCGAUUCAGUAGUAGUUUUAGUAGAAGUAGUAGCGGUAGUAGCAGUGGCUCACGGUUUUUUGGUGGCAGUCGAUCAUCACCGUCAUCUAGCGGUGGAUCAUCACGAAUUUUCAGUCGUAGUAGUAGUGGCUCAUUACCCUCCUCUGGCAGUGGUUCUCGAAUUUUUUCUCGUUCAUCAAGUAAUACUGGACAUCGAGUACGUGAAGCUGUUCGAUCAAUGGGACAAAAACCAUCAUCAAGUUCAGGAUUCGGAGGAUCUUCAAUGUCGUCGAAUACCGGUGGACAACAUCGUAUUCGUGCAGCAAUACGAACAAUGUUUCGGCGUACACCAGCAGUGAACCCCGGAAUCCCAUCCGGUACUGGUGGAUUACCAGGUACAAGCGGAAGUAAACCUGGUUUCAGUGAUAAAAUUCGACAAAUUACAACUGGAGGGGGUGGUGGUAGUGGAUUUAAUUCAAGAAUAGCAGGAGGCGGAUUUGGAACGGGAGGUACUAGCGGUAGUGGCGGUAAUGUUUGGGUUCGAACAGGAAAAAAAUUUUUGCCGCAAGCUGUUCGCUAUGGCAAACGGUAUUAUCAACGACGAAAAUAUAAUAAAGGCAUGUAUGCUGGUGUAGGUUACUAUGGUGGUAGUCACUAUCGUCCAUAUCCUGGAUAUUAUUAUCAUCCACAUGAAAACUAUGGCUAUCCACCUGCUGUUGAUGCUCCUCCUGAAACAGUAGAGGGCAAACCACCCACUGUUUUUUAUUGUAUUCAAGAAGAUCUUAAUAUGACAUUAGUUAAUCAAACAUUGAAUGAUGAAGGCUUCGGUACAUGUAAUGUGUCAGGUGAAUUAGUAAAGUGUCCAAUUGAAAUUGAAUGUAAAACAAAUGAAGCUGAUAAUUGUUGCGAAGAUGAACAAGGCACACCAUAUUGCUGCGGUGGUCCAAUACCUGAAGAAUAUGCCUCAAUAUAUGGUGGUUUUCAAGAUGAUCUCUAUGAUGCAGCAGGAAGUUUUAAUAAAAUAUUGAGUAUCAUUACAACAACGUCUGUACUUUUAGCUACCAUAUGUUUUACGAUAUGGCAUGGACGUGAAUAA